UUAAAGAACAUUUUUUGUUAGAAGUGAAAAAUCUACAAGAGUUAAAACACCACACUAUUGGUGAAAUUCACAGUACAGAAGCUUUUAUGCUGUCAAUAAAAUAUCAUAGUGCAACUGCUCAAUUAUGAUAUAAACAUAUGCAGUGAUGGAUAUGCAUCUACAUGUAUACUCUACGUAUAUCCUGCAAAAUUUACAAACAAGGAAGAAUGAACAUAUAGAGUAUGUCAACAAUACACAAAUAUCAAAUAACCAUGUUAAGCUUCAAAGAUAAACAUCCUUGUUUCGACAUACAGGUAUACCAAACAGUUACGUACAUGUAUUUUCUCCAUUCUUGUUUAUUGUGGUAUGUUUUGAAAGUAAUUUCAGGUUUAUUUUUCUGGUGUAAUUCAUUGAUUAUAGUGUAUGUUAAUUUAUAAGAAGCAUUUAGAGUGUCCAUGGAUUAUCAAGCUAUUUACAUUUUUUUUCCAUUAAGAGUACAGUAUGUACUGCAUAUUAUGCGAAGGAUUAACAUUUAGUAAAGAUAAGGCUUUGUAUAUAGUUGAACUGUUUGACCAGUGACAAAGAAACAUUCCUUUCCACUUGUACAUGUAAUUUUCCAUGUUAAAAUAAAAUAUAGACCACCUAUACAUAUCCGAAAAUAUUAGGUCAUAUUAGGUCAUUUUCCAGUUUCAUUUUAUGUACAAGUCUUCGCCUGUCACAGGAAAUUUGUUCUGAGAAUAGCAGCUGAUAUGAAAACAGGAUUUCAGAAAAUAUACUACACAGCACACAGCUGAUUUUAUGCUGCUUGUGAUAUACUAUUAGUAGCGUUCCAACGAAAAUAUAACUGCUUGACGGUUUUCAUAGAUUUUUGUCUAAAUAGUUCCCGCAACUUCCGUUGCUCCGGAAUGGAAAUUUUAAAUAUUCUCAGCCCUCGGUGUUAUGGCGUUUAAGGGAGUGAAUUGAAAGUCGUAUUUGCAAUGGAAAAACGAUACAGGGCUCAAGAUGCUUAUAAUAAAUACCGAAAAGAGGAGGACUUGCCACGCCCUACCAAGACUGUUCUACAAUCCAUCUUUCAGUUCAUCGUCGAAUAUUUAAGCCUUUGCAAACCGGAUGAGAAAUUUUCUUUUCACGAAUUUCACAAAAUUUUAAAUUGUAGCUCUGUUGAGAGCGAUUUUGAUUUAGAAAAAGCCUCUGAAGCAUUUGAAACCCUAGAAUUUUAUUUAGUUUCAAUAUGGAAAAAUUCAUGGAAACCAGAAUUCAAAAGAAUACGAAAAUACUGCGGCUUUUAUCAAACAAAGAUAGAGUCCCACCUAAAGAAAUCGGAUGAGGUGUUUAAACUAAUUGGAUUUGUGGAGUCAGCGGAUUGUUUACUGCUAAACCGUAGGCUUAAUCACGAUGUUAUUCUCUCCGUAGGCUUUGAAUGUAUUGUAGCUUCUGUUGAAUGUCGUUUGGUGUCAAGAAUACUAAACAGAAUAGAUACUUCAAUGCGACCCUGUGAUAUUUUCACACUGAGACAAAAAUACAGCGGAGGGGAAGAACAAUUUGUGACGUUGUUGAAAGGCAAGAAAAAUGAUCCAUUCGUAAAAAUUUCAUCGGGAUCAGAGGGUAGAAAUGAUACGGAGGUAGAUCAUAAUUCAGUAACUUUUUCUCCUUCUGAAGAAAGAGCGAGUCAUCAUAAUAUUCCAUUUAUUGACGACGAUGCCGACGGACACAGGGAGUAUGAACAGAUAGAUCCAAAUUUCGAAGAGGGAACGCUGGACGAUCACCUGAUGGCAAGCCUCAAGUUAGUAAGUAAAGAGAAAGUGAAAGUAGAGGAGUCGCCUCCGAAAAAAGGAUCGGAUGAAUGGUCGUUUGUUACAGACAGUUUAAGAAAGAGAUACGGGGAAGAGUAUAACUGGGGAUCUCGUGGAGACAUUUUACAGCCUGAACAGUUGAACAAUCAUCUAAUGCAGGAAACUAAAAAUGAUAAAACUGAAGCGCUAAAGCGGGUCGCCAGAAAGGAAAGUUCAUCAUAUCGAGACUCGGGUUAUGUAGGUGGAAGUAGCUUUCAAAAUGUCAGCCAUCGAUCAGAACUUAUAACUCGUGCUACAGGUGGGCCCGAGUCAAAAAUGUCAUCCAUUACCAAGCCAACAACAUCCUACGCUCACGCGCAAUUAUCACCUUCUAACUUGCGUGUUUGCGCCGAGGAAGAAGGGAUUGUCGGGGAAAAUGUUUACAAUGACAUAGUGGAAAUGAGAUAUGAUAGAUUAGGUACAACUCAACCCUUCCAUUUUAGCCACUCGGCUCCUGUGGCUCGAAAGAUUUCUACUGACGCCCAAGUGUCUCCUUCUAAUAACAGUCGCUUCGGUAGUCAUAGUCUAAAUGAAAAUGGAUGGAUAUGCCCAUACUGCACGAUUCGAAAUCCCAUGGGUAAUCUGAUUUGUUCAGUAUGUAGUAAAACUAAUGAAACGAGGGACACUAAAGAGGCGUCAAAGUCGAUGGACGUAAGGUGGACCUCCCGACAGUGUUCCACGUGUACCUACGCUAACCACUACGACCGGACUGAGUGCGAGAUGUGUGGCAACCCAAUUCAUGACGCACACCCCGCAACCUAGAUAGUUAUCAAAAACGAAAUAUAAAAAAGAAAAGAUAUUUUGGCUAGAGAUGAUAGAAAAUCUUAAUAUUCCGCCUGCGAUGUUGAACGUAUGUUUUAAUGACAAUUUUGCUUUAGAAAGCUCAAUACCUUCAUAUUGUUUUGGCAGUGUGAUGUCAUUUUUAAUAAAAAAAAUUCUCAUA